AAAAAAAAAAAGAGAAAUACUUUCUUAUUGAGAACUCUCGAUCUCUUAUCGGGAAGAGAGAAAGAGAAAUCUGAGAAUUUGUGGAUCCAUUUGAAGAGGGUCAAAUCUUCGUAGGGUCUUUGGACUGGACGACGAUUAUCCUUACUAGUUUGAAAUCGGCGAAGAAGAGGCGUUCUAAGGCGGCGGCGGCGGCGGCGGUGCUGAAUGCUGAUGAGAGAGGAUAUUGUUGAUUCACGAAAUGUGAGGUGACAAGCGGCGGCAAACGAUACUCUUACGGCGAUCAACUUCGUCGAGCUUGUUUGUUUUUGUAUCAUAUAACUUUGUAUAUCUCCGAUCUGUAUACACCGAGUGGCUGUAACCUGAUCCACAUACGCAUAAUUAUCAGGAAAGAAGUGAAAUAUAUAUAAGUUCAGUAGAUAAAAGAUGUCCUUCAGAUCUAUUGUACGUGAACUGAGGGAAAUGAAAGAUGGGAUUGGGAGCUUAUCAAGGCGAAGAUCAGAAGGCAAACACUGGCGUAGCCGAACUUUAUCUCAUAUUGCCCCUGAUGUUGCCCCGUCGGAGCCAGUUGAACAAGGGAAAUGGGCAAACUUGCCUCCCGAAUUACUUUUGGAUAUUAUACACAGACUUGAAGACAGUGAAACUUCGUGGCCUGCACGGACUGUAGUUGUUUCUUGUGCUUCGGUUUGUAAGUCAUGGAGAGGCAUCACAAAGGAAAUUGUUAAGACAGUAGAACAGUGUGGACGACUAACCUUUCCCAUUUCAUUGAAGCAGCCGGGACCACGAGAUUUUCCAAUUCAAUGCUUUAUUAAAAGGGACAGGGCAACAUCCACUUAUUGCCUCUACUUUGGUCUAACACCUUCUGAGAACGAAAAUGACAAACUAUUAUUAGCGGCAAAAAGGAUCAGAAGGCCAACCAGCACAAGUUUCAUAAUAUCCUUGGUUGCAGAUAAUUUUUCUCGAUCCAGUAAUACAUACAUUGGGAAACUCAGGUCAAACUUCCUGGGCACCAAGUUCACAACCUACGACAGCCAACCUCCGACUGACACCACAGUUGAUCAAAAUAGCAGUUCAAGCCGAGGAUUCCAUACGAAGCAACUUCUGUCUAGAUUACCUCGGUCUGGUAGCUACAGUAUUUCCCAGGUUUUCUAUGAACUGAAUCCCCUAAGAACAAGGGGCCCUAGGAAAAUGCAAUGUGUAAUGAAUUAUAUACCAGUUUCCUCCAUUCAAGAAGGAGGAACUGCCCCAACACCAAUAUCUUCUUCAUCCUCACCCAGCCUGAAAAAAUCGCCAAAUCACUUCAAAUCAUCUCCUUUGUUUGGACCCGUCGACUCUACAGAACCACUGAUUCUAACCAACAAGUCGCCAAGAUGGCACGAACAGCUUCAAUGCUGGUGCCUGAAUUUCAAAGGUCGUGUUACUGUUGCUUCUGUCAAAAACUUCCAACUAGUGGCGGCUGUUGAUCCACUUCACGAGGUUUCUGUUGAUCCACUUCAAGAAAAGGUAAUCUUACAAUUUGGAAAGAUUGGAAAAGAUAUUUUCACCAUGGAUUACCAAUAUCCACUAUCUGCUUUUCAAGCCUUUGCACUAUGCCUGAGCAGCUUCGAUACAAAACCCGUCUAUGAGUGAUAUAAACAUUUGGUCUUGUAAAAUCGUAACUCAUAUAGCGAUGUAACUGCACAUCUGGCCUUUUCUAGAUAUGCCAAUAUGGCGUAUGGCUGUUAAGCAUUGUUCAAUAGUUUUGGAGUAAUAGGACCUUGUUGUAACAUUUAUACAUGCUUCGACUUUGUGUUGUGAAUUGCUUCUUCUCUUUA